GCGGCCACACACCGCCUGCUCCUCCGCCCCCUCUGCGUCGUCUUUUCCCGCGAUGACAUCGGAAGGACUUGGGUCGAUGGUGGCAGGUGGAUGAAGCGAGUGGCGGAGGGAACCCUGAAGCCACUGGGGGCGAGGACUGCUGUCUCCUCCGCAUCUCUGAGGCAGAGUGACCGCGAGUCCGGGGGCGCGCGGGAGCCCAGCACGUUGACGACAUCGGUCCGUCUCGUCUGCUCAGGCUGAGCCGGUGGAGGAACCGUCCCGUCGCAGCUAAAUAUCCAGCCAGAGGCGUCUUCACCGCCAGAGUCCAGCCGUGUCUCCCCUCUCUCCGGUAUGAUGUAGACGGAUGGCAGUGUUUUUUAGGAGGCGAUAACCCCCCUCCCUCCGUCCCCCCCUUACAUAAAUGUUCGCGUGCCGUCAGUCGCCCUCCUCCGUCUGCUGCUGAAUCCAGUCUCUUACGCCACAAGAGUGAGACCCUCAACGUUAUCGCCCGCCCCUGUCACCCCCCGGUGUCUGAUGAAUCCCCGGCGGAGACCUGGACGUGAAGCGGCUGUAGCAUCCUCCUCCUCCUCGACUCUGCCACCGUCCUCCUCCUCCUCCUCAGCAGCAUGUCCUCGCGCAAGAUCUCCUCCGAGUCCUUCAGCAGCUCGGUGGGCUCGGACUGUGGACUCGAGAGCCCCGGGGGAGACGGAGUGGAUGGAGGAGUGGAGCCCGCGGAGGAGAGCCGAGGAUGCCCCUUCGCUUCGUUCCCUUCGUCCCACCGAGCGCUGCUCUGGAACGGCCGCAGCCCCGCGGAGAAGUCGCUGUGUCCGGCCGGCGAGGACCAGCACCAGGGACCCGGGAUCCCGCACAAGCGGGCGACCAGGAGGAGGCGAGUCAACCUGGACUCGCUGGGCGAGAGUCUGAGGAGGCUGACAUCACCCACGACACAGACUGUUCAAGAUGCUCUGCAGCGCACCCUACAGUUCUACAGACAACAAGAGAUCAGGUGCCAAGAUGUUGGCGGUGAAGGAGGGGGAGAAAAGAGAGAAGAGAAGUGUCCAUUUCUAGAAAGCUCUGGUUCAGAGGAGGACGUCCUACAGAUCCUGCAGUACAUGGCCACCAUACUGGGAGUCCCCUUCUUUGAGCUGCGAGAACAUUUUGGCGAGGAGUUUUUCGGCCUGUGCUUUGAGGAAAACGAGCGAGUGCUUCGUGCCGUCGGUGGAAACCUCCAGGACUUCUUCAACGGCUUUGACGCCAUUUUAGAACACAUCCGCACGUCCACCGGACGCCGCGCCUCCUCGGAGAGCCCCUCUUUUCAGUGCAAGGACCCUCAUGAGGAGAAAAAGGGGAGAAGAAAGUUGGACGGACUCGAGGAGCCAGGAGAGGGUGAGGAGCCAGGCAAGGCGUUGCUGCUUCAUUGUUUCAAUCCUGCUCCUGUGGUCGGUUUGGUUAUGCCGGGACUGAUCCGAGCUGUCGCCAGGCGGAUCUUCCAUUCAGAGGUAGAAGUUGAAGAAGUUCCCCCUCUAACUCCUCUAUUGCCCAAUGAAGAUUCCGAACACAGUGAUGGUGACUCCACCACACCGACUCCCACUGCCUCCCCCACGGCCUCCCCCUCCUCAUCCCCAUCCCCGCCCACUACUUUCCCCACAACCGUGCCCACAGUUUGCCUUUCUUUUCAAAUCAACAUGACAUCCCCGCCAUUUCCCCAGUCCCUCCCAAAUGCUGCCCCGGUGUGCUCCAAGAGGGAACCACCUUCUCUCUCCACCAACCCCAGUGAUCUACGCAUUGGUCUGGCCACGUUCUGCCGUGCCUUCCCAUUUCACCUGGUUCUCGGACCUCACAUGGAAUUACUUCAGCUAGGAGAGGGACUGAGGCGACAGGCUCGCAUUGAGCCGCAUCGCAGCCUCUCCUUCAGGGACUGUUUCGAGAUCGUCUCGCCCAAGAUGGAGCCGUCCUUCCAGAGAAUCCUACUGAGGCUGGCAUCUCCUUUUACCAUCCGUACGAGACCUGAUACCACCCAGAGUGGCACCAAGGAGAAGGUGAUGGAGUUGAAAGGUCAAAUGAUCCACGUGCCCGAGUCCUGCUCUCUGAUGUUUCUGGGCUCGCCUCGCGUCGAUAAGCUGGAGGAGCUAAUGGGAAGGGGCCUUCACUUGUCAGACAUCCCCAUCCACGACGCCACCCGGGACGUGAUCCUGGUCGGGGAGCAGGCCAAAGCUCAGGACGGCCUGAAGAAGAGAAUGGACAAACUGAAGGCCACGCUAGAGCGGACUCACCAGGCGCUGGAGGAGGAGAAGAGGAGAACGGUGGACCUCCUGUAUUCUAUAUUCCCUGGCGACGUGGCUCAGAAGCUCUGGCAGGGUCAGCAUGUGCCCGCUCGCAAGUUCGAUGAUGUCACCAUGCUCUUCUCCGACAUCGUGGGGUUCACUGCGGUGUGUGCGCAGUGCACACCCAUGCAGGUCAUCUCCAUGCUGAACGAGCUGUACACACGCUUCGACUACCAGUGUGGGAUCCUGGAUGUUUAUAAGAUUGAGACCAUCGGGGACGCCUACUGCGUAGCAGGAGGACUUCACAAGAAAGUCGACAGCCACGCCAGGCCGAUAGCGCACAUGGCGCUGAAGAUGAUGGAACUCUCUGAGGAGGUACUGACGCCGGACGGAAAACCCAUCAAGUUGAGAAUCGGGAUCCACACUGGCUCAGUGCUGGCCGGCGUCGUCGGCGUGAAAAUGCCACGCUACUGUCUGUUCGGCAACAACGUGACCCUGGCCAGCAAGUUUGAAUCAGGCAGCCACCCGAGAUGCAUAAACGUCAGUCCCACGACUUACCAGUUGCUGAAGGAUGACCGAGCCUUCUCCUUCGUCCCUCGUUCUCGACUGGAGCUCCCGGAGAAUUUCCCCAAAGAGAUUCCGGGGACAUGCUACUUCCUGGAGGCGGGCACUUCACACAGCCACGCCUCGCUGACCAGCUCACGCUCCGCCCCUCCUGCCUCUAUGAGGAAAGUGUCCUACAGCAUCGGGACCAUGUUUCUAAGAGAAACUAGUUUGUAGGUCUUCACACAGAGGCACCUGGAGCACGUGGUGAAGCUGAAGCUGUGGGCUAUCGGACUCACAGAUCUGUGGACGUGCAUCAAGUCAUGCCUUCAGAAUUGGCUCAGUAAGGGAGACCUGCGGCUCAAAAGACUUGCAGUUCAGCAUCUGAACACACCCACGUGGACGUGUCCCUGCCAAGGUUGGCUGAUGGGGUUUAUGAGUGACGGAACCUUAUAAGACACGGUUUUGAUCAAGCUGGUUUCUCAGCUCCACACAUGCUCUUCUCAAACUCUCCUGCCAACAGAGGAUCAUCAAGUGUGGUCAGUGAAGGAGGCACUCUCCAUUAUUGAUGAUGGAGGCAGAUGUGUUCAUGCUUGCUGUGGAACCAUGAAUUUUCCUACACCAGCGCUCCUCCAGCCAUGACGCUCUUUUUCAUCACUCCCUGGGAGCUGCUAGGUGGACCUAGUGGGAAGAAAGGUGCCAAAGCGUGCUUCAGUUUUUCUGUAGUGAUGGGCGUCUGAUGCUUCGUGAAACAGUCUCCUCCAAUUCAGAGCCUAAAAUCUCAAAAAUCUUUGGAUUUGCCCAACCAGCUCAAUGAAAUCUUACAUCAUUUUUGAACAGAGUGCGCCAUCUAAUGGGCUCUGAAAAUAAAGACACUGUUUCAUGAAGCCCCAUUGGCCCAUCACUCAUUUUCCUGCUUUUCAACCCCAGCUAGCUACAAAACUUCAGCCUUUCCAUUUAACAUGUUUAGGACACUCAUACACAGAUCAGUGCCUUUUUUACCGCUCAAAUCAGGAUAUGCUUUCACCGAUGAGUUACUCAUUUUAAGUCACAUGACAAUUAAAAAACACCAAGAGAAAUAUCAAUAUACAUGCUUCUUAGGUAUUCAGAUGUAUAAGUCUGUUUGAGACUGGUGUCCACUCCAUGCUACAAAUGAUGUCAGAGGUAGGAUGUGAGCAGGCAUACUGAGCAGGAGUGAAUAACUGAGAAAGAUGAGUGAACGUCCCCAUCACACGGCUGCUCUGACUACUGCACACAUUUGUUAUCUCUCCGUACUGUAGCUCUGUCUCCUAAAGAAACCCAUGUUUUGAUGCUACUUGAACAGCAAGGGGAUGGUGUGUUUAAGAUAUCACAACAGUGUGUAUGAAUGAGAGCUAGUGAUGUGGUUAUGAGGCUUCAUGAAACAGUGUCCUCACUUUCAGAGCCCACUAGAUGGCACUCUUUGCUCUAAAUUCUUUGGAAUUUUUUUAAACCAAGAGCUCCACCUACUGUGCUCAGCCCAUCACAAAAUUGAGAGGUUAGAUAUUAUAUUAUUAUAUUAUAUUAUAUUAUAUUAGAUAGUAAAGCACAUGGGUUUCCGUCCGAGGCAGAGUUGUUAGAUAUAAGAAACCUAGCAGGGAACCAACCAUCAAACAUCAACAAGCUGUGGGAAUAUACCUUGAAGCAUUAUGGCUGUUUAUAGAGGAUGAUUUUCAGUUUCAAAUGGACCCAGAUUGCCAUGAAACAUGCUAUUGGUUGAACCUCAGUUUGUGAUUGUGAGACAGUGUUGUGCGGCCAGGGUUUGGGUCUAAUAGUUCCAGACCUGCGAUUGGAUUUUUCACAUAACUCCCAACAUGUGAUGAAGCACCGUGACCGCACAGUCUCACAUCAAACUUUUUAUUCCAGAAGUACCAGGAGUUAUAUUUUCAUGAUGUUAUAUAUAUAUGACAUACAUUUUUUAACGCAGCUAUCUCAGCGGUAUCUUCUGCUUGCUUCCGAUUUUAUUUGCAUCUCACAAGCUGCGCAUGUAAGCAUCGAGGCGCCUUUAUUUUUGGACAUCUGGCUUCAAAACAUCACCAGCGUGAGCUACGUUUAUUCCUGUCCAAGGUUCAAACUGUGUCAAAUUCUCUCGUGCAGCGCAUUCCAGGAUCGCUUUGGCACAGUUGUGAAGUCUCAUCGCACCUUCUCCUGGCCAGCGGUCCACGAAAUACUCACCAGACGUCACCUCAUGUCUAGUGAAGACGACAUACAUCCUGAUUCAAUAAGCUACGCGACAUGAGAACAUUCAAACUGCCCCUGAAUGCAGGUCUAGCAUAGCAUGAGGAAAGGAGCGUCGAAAGGGUGUCUGUGUUUGUGGCCGCUGCUCAUAUAUAUUUUUCUCAUAUAUAUUUUUCCAUGCGCUCAAAAUGAUUCAAUAGACGGAAUCACAUGCCAAAGUCGAUCAAUGGCAGUUUCUAUUCAAAACGCCAAAAAAGCAUUUAGAUAUAUGUGUGAUGCAUUUACCUCCUUGUCCUAUUAUAAAGAACAACUCUAUUUAAAUCAUUUUCUGUCUGAAGUCAGAUACAUUUUUGUGUAAUAAUCUUGGAUGGCAUCAUAUGAUCGAGUGUGACUAGUUAAAAAGCAGAUUCUCAUGUACCAACAACGUGCACCGCUGCAUUGCUGAUAUUCUCCAACUUUUAAAAAUACCUUGUUGUAGCGCUCUCUUGAUCGAACUUUCUCGGCAGCCUCAGUCCAACAUCUCGGCUAAAUAAAGAACAGUUCACCAGCAUCCCGCCCACACAACUUGUGUCCAACGCUCGAGUAUCUGCAGAUACUUGGCAUGGAAUUAAACAUCAGACCACACAAGUUCUGCCUGCGAUGAUGUGGAGGCGUUGCAGGUUCUGGUCCUCCGUUAUCAGAUACGUGGUUUUAUGCUGCAGAGCUGAUCUGGGUCAAACACGAGAGGAAUCAAAACAACCACCGUGGCUGGAUCUGUCUGUCACUGGUUCUAAAAAAAAGCCUCCCUGUGUGCCAAAACAUGUGAAUUCAGUUUGGAUGGAUUGUUCCAAGCAGAUUUUUUAGGAUCCAUUAGUUACACUGUUUAUUUCUACUUCUAUCACAAUAAGUGUAUGUGCCAUAGAAGAAAACACAUUUCUUACGUCAAUGUUUUUUUUUUAUUUCUAUUGAUAAAUGGUGUAGCUUCACUUGAAUUCAUCUCAAUGCAAUAGAGAUUCAUACACCACAACUUCAAGAAGCAGACCUCGACAUGUCAACUGAUCUUUAAAGUUCUCUCUCCUGAAAUGAGGAGCUUCCAUCACAUCUCACCAGCGGACUCUGGAACUACGGAAGACAUUCAACAAAACCUCCGGACUCUUUGGUCUGUCAGAGAGCUCGUCGCUGACGUAGGAGCGAGUGCUGUCGACAACGGUGGCAUCACCUGCGUUUCAGACGAUGAUCGUGUGUCGUGAGGACCCGGCUCUGAUCCCACACACCAAUGACUGUGUACAUGGGUCAGGCUUGUUUGAAGCUGUCGACUUCGAGGCCACGUCUGUCUUAUAUGGUGUAAAUAAAAACACAGAAUCUUUAAUAACAACGUGGUGCUCAUAUUUCUUGGUGUUGGUGUUGGUGCGAUCAUUCUUUUUUUUUUUUUAUUUCUGUCUCUCACAGACGAUAACUGACAUUUUCUCUGAUUUCAUGUGGAAAACAAAACAGAAAAGGCCGUAUUUCAGUGUUGAAAAUGUCAAAACACAUCAUCUCAUUAUCAUUUUCAACUGGUAGAAGUUUGAAGUCUUCAUUUGUGAGAGUACCUGUGUUGCAGAGUUUGUACAGUAUAUUCUUGCCGUGACUGUCAUUCAGUAAACACACAGAGGUGAGACAGAGUUAGACCCUUCAAGGGAUGGAGUUUUUACCCUCAGCAAGGUGUUCUACGAGUCAUUUCUCACCUAUUAAGUAUAGUCUGUAUACAUACUAAACCCAAUGGUAGUGAUGGACUUCAUGGAAUAGUGACCUUGUUUUCAGAGCCCACUGGAUG